AUAUAUAACAGAAACCCAGAGCGAACCCGGAAGUAAGACAGGAGGUCAGAGGUUGCAGUUUAGUAUUAGCUUCCAUGCUAACUCUGUAGCAUUGUCCGUACUGUGUCCCAGUAAACAUGACUUCCAGGCGCCCUGACAGCUUCGACGGCUUGGGUUACAGGGGCAGGGAGGAGCCGUCAUACGGUGGAGGAUAUUCAGGAAGGUCGUUUAACAGUUCGUCCAGCGUUGACCUGCAGCACUGGGUCACCACGCCUCCGGACAUCCCGGGCAGCAGAAACCUGCACUUUGGUGACCGCACACCGCAGUCUGAAGCGCCUCCUGCAGCACCUGGGGCUGGAGACGAGCUUCAAACAGCUGCUCCACCAUCCGAUCAGUUGAACAGAUUUGCUGGAUUUGGGAUUGGUCUUGCUAGCCUCUUUACAGAAAACGUUCUAGCCCACCCGUGCAUCGUAUUUCGCCGGCAAUGCCAGGUGAAUUACCAGGCCAGAUGCUACCACCUGUCACCUUUAUCAGCUCUUAAUGUGAUGUACAACGUCUCCAAAUCUCAGGGUCCGAAGGCUUUAUGGAAAGGGAUGGGAAGCACGUUCGUGGUCCAGGGCGUGACCCUCGGGACAGAGGGCAUCAUAAGCGAGUGCACCCCGUUGCCAAGGGAGCUGCCUCACAGAUGGAACCCCAAACAAAUCGCAGGCCACUUUAUUCUGAAAGGUUUAACCCAUGUGGUUGCGUUGCCGUUUUACUCAGCAAGCCUGAUUGAAACUGUUCAGAGCGAGAUCAUUCGGGACAACCCCGGCAUCCUGGAUUGCGUCAAGGAGGGUGUGGGGCGUGUCUUGGGUCUGGGUGUGCCUCACAGUAAACGCCUCCUUCCUCUCUAUACACUGGUCUUCCCUACCGUCCUCCACGGCGUCCUACAUUACAUCAUAAGCUCCAGCGUGCAGAAGCUGGUGUUGUACGUGCUGCAUCGCCGUGGCAGCACGAGCGCGUCAUCCAAACACACUAAAGUCGGCAUGGAGACAGUCCAGAACAUGCUGGACGCCUAUUUCCCAGAGCUGAUCGCUAGCUUCGUUGCCAACCUGUGUGCUGACGUGCUGCUGUUUCCUCUGGAGACGGUGCUGCAUCGCCUGCACGUUCAGGGAACUCGCACCAUCAUCGAUAACACCGACCUGGGCUUCGAGGUGCUUCCCAUUAACUCUCAGUACGAAGGGAUGAGGGACUGCAUAAAUGCAAUACGAAGCCAGGAGGGUCCACUGGGAUUCUACAAGGGCUUCGGGACCAUCGUGAUCCAGUACUCGCUACACGCAACAGUGCUGCAGAUCACCAAGAUGAUUUACUCGACUCUGCUCCAAAAUGCCUGAGAGGGGAAAACAUCACACGCAUCACUAACGGGUCCUUUCUCCUCUCUUGAUUCCAACAAACCACAUUGUUAUUAUUUGAGAAAGCACAUGCAUGAAACUUUGAUGCAUCAUCAGUCGUAAUAUUAGGCUGCUUUCACACCAAGUUGUUUCUUAUUUUUGUGCUGAUUAUCUAAAUCUGCUUACAUUCUCUCACACAAACCCUACAAUCACACCCGCAAUGACUUAGUGAAAAGCGUCCGUCGCUCGUGCUGCAGUUUCUUUCACAACUGUGAAACAAAGUGACGUUUAAACUAAGAUUUUUUUGUCACCACUAUGAAACUUAUAUUAGGACAGGACGGAAGGCGACAAAUGAUUCAUCCGACCGAUCUUACGCCGCAUGCAUGGCUCGACUUUACUUCCGUUUUCCACUCACAACUUUUUUUUUCUUACACUGUUAUUUCACAUUUUUGGUUUGAUGCACAGAAAUGAAAGAACAGGCAUGAGUUCAUCUUAUGGCUGCAUAUAAAACCUUUGGCUAAAUGUUUUAUAUAGACAUGACAGGAAUAAAUAAACCUUGGUAGAGUUUGUUAUAGUCUCUGGUGAGUGUAGACAUGCAAAUAACCAUUGUUUUGCUCAACUAAUAUCGUACGAAGUCUAGCACAUAAAGCUGGAAUUUCAAUUUACAUAUUAACACAGAUUAUAGUGCUUUAUUUCAUUUGUGUUCAGUUCAAUUUCCACAUUAGCAGCUCUCUAUCCUCCAUGUCUGUUUUGCCCCACAAGCUGCGUCAUGAUUAAUUUUGCUUUUAAUCAAGAUUUCAUCUACAAUUACGGAAAAUAUCAAUCUACAGUACUGAUGUCGUCAGAAUGACACCGAAACACAAUUCAAUGACUAAAUGAAACACCAAUUUCCACCACAAAGCUUUUUUUUUUUUUUACGUUCUAUGUCGAUGUUAUUUCCUUUAUAGUAGAUAAUAAUGAAAAGAUUCAGUCUAAUACACAAAGUUUCCAGGAUGUUUCUGGAAAAAGACCUCGGCAGGGGUUAGAAAUUACUUUCAAAACAUUUUCUUCUGAUGGUAAAAUUAAAAAUGGAGUGGAAUGAAUUGGAAAUUUUGUCAUUGAGGUUGAGCUAAAUACAUGCGAUCAUCUGUUUCAAGCAGCACCAUUGUUUCCAUCAGACCAUUAAUAAAAAUGUAAAACCUUAAAAACAUUUAAAAAAAUAAAACCAAAUUUCAAACUUUUGAAGUUAUUUCAACCGUAAUCACAUAAAUAAUGUAAUCCUUUAUUAUAAUGUCAUAAUAGAUUAAAUAUUUAAUAAUAAAAAAAAAGUUGAGGGGAAAAAAAAACCCCAAUGAAGCGGUUUUAAGAUUGAGGAUGAAUCUUAGUGUCAUUUGUUCUGUUGAUUAUCACAGUUGUGUGUGUAGCUUUCUACAUUUACUUUAUCCUCUUUUACUGAUGGAAACUUUGUCCCCGUUUCCAUCUGCUUUCUCCCACAUCACUGCAAGGAUGCAGUAUAAUGCACUGAUUAGGUUUAUUGUGUCAAAGCAGCACUUUGUUUGGAAGCCAAUGUAAUAUUUAGCUGCACUUAACGGAGAAAAUAAUAUGUACAAUAUUGGGUACUGUGAUUAAAAAUAAAUGUAUGUAAGAA